AUGCCCCGCCGAGUUCGCAAGAAACAGACCAAAAAGUCCACGCCUGUAAUAUCUGCGCCCCCAGCCGACGACAACGAGGAAGAGUCCGGCUGGUACGUUAUCAAAGAUAUCAUAGACGAGAGGAGAGUGCGGGGCAAGGUUGAGUACUUGAUAGACUGGGAAGACAAUCCAAAAACGGGGAAAUCUUACGAUCCCACCUGGGCAAAGAGCCGCGACGUCACCAAGGAAGCUAGGGAUGAAUGGCAGGAGAAGAAGAGAGCCAAAAAGCAGAAACCACCUUCCCGUCGACAAUCUAAGGGCGAAACACAAGACGUUGGGCCGGAUCCUAGUCUAUCCUUUCGGGGAGCAGAAGCUUCACAAGAAUCAAAUACUACACAAUCGCAACUUGUAAGAAGCAGGUCGCCAACAGCUGAUGAAUCAGACCUCGAGCCUGUGCGAAAGAAAACGAAGCUUAAUCACAUCGUAAGCCCCUCGCCGUCCCUACCAAGCGCUUCGGUUGAGCCUAUCGAGCCUAUUACCGCGACAUCAUCAAAACCCGCUACCAAGAAGACUCUCUCAGUCGAGAUUCAAGCAAGCCCAAGCUUCAAUCCCGCCGAUUAUCAACGCACUUACGGCGCCAGCCAAGCCACUGCCCUAUCAUCCCAACCAAUCCCUGAAUUAGACCCUCUUUCGCCACAACUGAGUUAUCGUACUAUACCGGACUCCGAAGACCCCUCCAGCCUCACUGCUUCCCUCCCGAGUGCGAACCCAGUCCGAGCUGUUGGCAUAGAGAUUGUUAUUCCAGACUCGCAGGAUCAAACCCAAGAGAGUAAUUACACACAGCAUCACGACAGUGCACGUUUUCAGAAAAGUUCGGGCGAAAAUCUACCAACUGAGAAUCGGAGUAUAACCUCUUCUGACGCCAGUCGUGAUAUCCCAUCGCAUCAGCCCAAUCAACUUGAGGUACAGGACAACCAUACCCAGGAUUCUCCUCAUUUUACCCCAGUUUCUCAGUCGGGUUGCGCACCAAAUCGCCUUGUAUCACAACAGAUCGAAGAAUCGGUGCAGCGUGAGGAACUAAGAUCGACCAUAGAAGAUAGCGCCAGGGCAACCCCGUCCUUCUUGGGAAGCCAACCACCUAAGUUCUUAGGCUCUUUAGACGCACCCAGCCCUCAACGUUCACCUCAGUUCCCUCUUGAAGAACCGAGUGAUCGGCUUUCGCAGGCUGCGCAAGCCCAUCUUAACACUUUUAGUACAUACUUUAGCGGCCCUUCGCCUGCAGACAACGCUAGCGACUGUCUCUCGAGUGAGCUGGUUUGUUUAAGCGCGAACAGUGCUCUUGAUACAGCUAGACCAAAGGAUACCGUUCGUAAGGGGGAGCUCAAGCCCGUUGAACAACGCCGUGAGGUAUCUCAAGACUCUCAAAGAUCUACCUUGAAUUGUGCAAAAGGACCGAGCAAAGGGAGACCCAGCAAUCAGGUUUCUCAGAGUUCUUCAGGGGAUUGUGAAGAGAAAGAAAGGUCCCAGUCUGUUCGGGAGACAAACUCCGGGAGGGUAGUUGGCGGUCCUAUCAACCAAGGUUCUUCUCGUGAUUUCGAGAAGGCAUCCGAACCUGCUCUCCAGGCAAGAUCUGCGGACGCUGACCCAAAGUUCCUGGACGAAGAGUUCAAUCCCGCUGGUACUGACGGUAAGCAAAGUGCUGAAGCAACUUCAUCACAAAAUCAGUCAUUCCAAAAGGUCGAUUUAAACGCUCAUACUUCACGGUUCGACAACAAAGUAGAGACCACACCAGCAGUUGUGAGAAACGAAGAGCUUGAAGAGUCGAGACCGUCACAGUCGGUACUACCAACACUAGAGCCGUCACUCGACGCAUCGCGGGCGUUCCUAAAAGGGAAAAAACAAUCUCCUCUAGUAGAGUCUUUUGAGUCGCCAAAGCCAUCUCCAAAACCGCUAGAUAAAGGCUCUAAGGGAGGGAGAUCUAUUGUAACCCCGUAUCCGCUAGGCGAGGUAACAAAAGUAACCUCUAGCGCCAAAGAGUCUUCUCUUCAAAGAUCAGAGCCGUCAAAGACUCCCCAGUCAGCGCAACGAGUGGAAGAAGUUCAACCCAAGGCAGCACAAAAAUCCCUACCACAGGCAUCAGAAGACGCCACUGAGGCCCUAGAGCCACACUUGGAGGGAACGGAACCAUCUGAGGCGUACCAGUCACCACUUGAACCAAAAGAGGUUCGAUCCGAGGUACCGGAGCCACUGCUCGAGGCAGGGGUAUCACCACUACAGGCGGGAGAAGCCUCAUUUGAUAGCAUCUCGCCAGGCGGUAAAGAGAACGGAUCUCAGCGGCUUCUAUCUGCAAGCCCUUCCGUUAUAUUUACCGGCGAAAGGCUUGCGGAAUCGGACCCGAGUAGAGGAAGCCCUGAAAAUUACAAUUGUGGUCCCUUCGUAGAGCAAGGCGUCUCAGAAAUCAACAGUCGGGGGCGUAUCGAGAUUCAACGAGAACAUACCUUUCAGAAGGAAUCACAGGAGCCCCCUGGUUCCACCGAACCAGAGUGCAUUCCAUUGGGUGAUUCGGAAGGUUGUCGGCUUAAGAACAAGCAGGACGGUUUUGUUGAGUCACAGCAGACAAAGUCAGCUCAGGGAAACACAGCCGAGAAAGGCCCUGGAAACCCUCAUCCAGACCAGCCAUCUUCUGAUCAUCAUCAUACAGUCUCUGGAUCCCUGGACGCCUCAGCACGUUCCUCAAAAAGUGGGUCCAGGUCCAUUGGACAAAGUGGCACGCCAACCAACAGCGUCUCAGACCAAACUAUACCUCGGGAACACCGAUCUCCUCCGGGUGGCUCUUUGCGCCAAUCUGCAAGCGAUAUUGUGCAAGAAAUACUAGACUCCUGGGGUAAGGAAAAUCACCUUUUUUCAUCCACAGAGAUGUUUCCCACAGCCUCCACGUCCUCGGACAAUCACGAGGUUUCGGCGAUCACUGAGCUACAGAACCUUUGGGACUCUGAUGAUGAAGUGGUCGCAGAACCCCAGCAGGCAGUGUCAAUGGCAGAAGCUGGCCCAUCGCUAUCGCUGGGAUUGUCUUCGAGCGGAGCAUCAGAGGCCCAUGGCGACUUAUCGAACCCAGGUGCCUCGCCGGAGUUCCUCACCCAAGCUCCUCCGUGGACAUCAGCGACGGCUGAGCUUCCUCAUCUCGGGGGAGAGCUAGCCUCUUCAACAGAGAUACCACAACGAUCAGCCACAGAUUCGAUGCGCGACAUCAUCAAUCAAGCAUAUGGUGGCUCUGAGCCCAUUACCAUGGCUCUUAUGCCCCCUCAAGCUCAGAAUGUCGAGCCUGUCACUGUUUCCCCUGCUGAUAUCAGCAGACCGACAGAGGCUGAGAAAAUUGUACUUCCGGUCAUCCCUAUAGCGGGGAACGAAGCUUUUGGUUCCCUUCCAGGCGUGAGUUCCAGCAAUUCCAUAUCGAUGGCACAGCUCCCGCAAACCGAUGCCGAGCGAUCUUCAUCUUCAUCGCCAGCGGUGGCUCAAAACGCGCUUCAGAUUAACUACGUCGUCACAAUCCCCUUCCAAUCAAGCAUCCGUUCCUUAUAUGAUGAGGUCCUACUCAAAUCCAGAAAAGACAUCACCGAAUUUGGCUCCAAGUUCACACAGGACACUUUUACCGAACCGGACAAGUAUCUGGUUGAAAAGAUUGAUACGUUAUUUAGCGACCUUCAAAACAUUUGCGACUACCCCCAGGACAUUAUUAGUCCCUUGUUGAAGGACCUGCCUGCAGAAGACAAAGUCAAAUACUCAUUAGAUGCGAAUUCAAAGCUGAACUUUAUCUACGAGCUUUUUCUUCGUACCAAGACAGAUACCCAGGCACUCAUUGUCGCGCGCUCACCUAAUAUUCUCCGCAUGCUCUGUGAUCUUGCAGAAUAUCUGGAAUUAGAAUGUACCUGCGAUGCUCUCGAAUACAAGUCUAAACCCGAGUUCAAGGAUUCGUCUGUGCGACUGACUCUUGUCCCAUCCGAAAGUACUAUCGACGCUUUCGAGUACGAUGUGGUUCUGGGCUAUGAUAACUCCUUCCAGGAUUCGCCCAUCGCGCAGGCGCUCGCAUGGGAUAAUCGAGGCAAAGCCAAGCCCUUGGUUCUCAAGCUGGCAACAGCCUACUCAAUCGAGCAUCUGUCACUAGAAAUUUCAGAUACUGAUGGCAAUCUAGAGCGGCGGAACGCUCUCUUAUAUGCUAUUGUCCAAAUCAGAGAUACCUUCAGAGAUCCUCCGCGGCUUAUGGAGCCUCAUAAGGUCGCCGCGAUAUUUUCCGACUUUCUAAAUGAUGAUACGCAGACCAUUCUUUGGGAACCAGUUACCAUUCCCCCACAUGCACUCGACGCAUUCACUAACUCCCAAGAAAUGGGGCAAAUGUCCUUGGAGGGGUAUUUGGACCAAGACAAUGGUCGCAAACACAGGCUUGACGACGACGAUGACCCUGACACCAAAAGACAAAGAAUAAACUCAACAAGCGGCCCCUCGCGUGCUGUAUUCGAUAUUCCACCUCUGAGCGAUCAAGUCAGGGACUUGCUUGAAAGCGUGGAGUUCACUGCCGCUGGCAGGACCACCGCUGACGACCAAAUCACAAUAUCGUUACAUGUGAUGGAGAAGAUUGCUGAGAAGGUGGCUGAGGCUGGCCGUGUUGUGGAGAUGAACAACCGCGAGCCACAAUAUAAAGACAUCAUAUUUGGACUCGAGAAGCAAGUCAAGGAGUUUCAAAGAACCAACGAUAGGGCUUACGAGUCUCACCGGGCGGCUCUUCAAGACCGCACCAAAUUCGAGACUGAUGCCCACAAGGCAGAGGCUGCGCUACAAGCGAAUAAAGAAGCUUCUCAAGCAACAGAUGAUAAAAAUCGACAGAAGAUAGCACAGCUGGAGGAAACUGUUGCCCGUCUCAUGAAGGAGUCACCUGCAGGAGAGAACGAGAAGCUGUUUCAGGAGACCAAUGCCAAGGUGCAGGUUCUGGAGAAACGCCUAGAAACUUCGCAUAAGAAUGAAGAAUAUGUUCGACAACUCUACCAGGAUGCAACGGCCUCGACGUCCGCCCUGAGAGCGGAAAACCAGACACUGAAGGAGGUCAGUGAAGAUUUAAAGAAGAAAGCUUCGGACAAUCUGAGAAGUAUUCAUGAGAUCAACAAUAACAACGCGGCUCGAGAGUAUUUACGCCAGAUAUCUGACCUUCAAACCCGUCUUAAAGAUAGAGAGAUGGAGUUGGACCGCGCGCGUGAAGAACUACGCCAGUUGAAAAACGGACGACGCGAGACCCGACAGGUCAGCGUUCCGCGAAGUCCACGUAUGGGCAUGAUGAGCCCGCGCCCUGGGCGGGCGGCAUUUGGAGCAUCGAGUAGAGCUGGAAGCCCAGUGCCUGCAUAUGAUAAUGCCCCAGGAGUGCAGUCUGGCAAUGGACGGUUCUCUCACCUUCGCGACUAA